AUAUUUCAAUAUGCCAUAUUGAAUUUUUAAAAUGUCUGGAUCGAUGAUUAACUGGCUCCCAUUGAAAGUAUAUUUGGGCGUACUCGAGAAGAGAAGAGAACCCCACCACGCCGAGCACCCCGCAAGCGAACCGCUCCGGAAUAUCAACAGACCCCCACGCCAAAGGAGACCCUAUCAUGAACCAAAUUCCGAAGACUUUGAAAGUUAGUCGAAGUAAAGAGUUGAAGUAAUUACAUUUCUCAUGGAAGUUUCAGGACAUAUGGUUUUGGUGGUCUAUCGAAGACAGGAGCGUUAUGGCCAGUGGGGGCGAAGUUGUUGGUUGCCUUGGUCCGUUGUUGAGUGAGAACUGUUGCCGAAGAAUAUCUAGAGCAGCGUAGGACUGCAAGCCUCCAGCUGUUGUCAGUAAAUAGGGAUAGCAAAGGUAUAGAUGACGCCACAACUUCGGAGGUCCCUCCCGUGAGCCAAGUGAUGAGUGUUGCCUUCGUAUACCUGCGUAGGUACUUUCCCGCUGACUCCUCUGGUGGGGGGUGUGGUCUUAACUGAGCAAUCAACACAACCCUUCAUACAUGCAUCACGAUGCAUCCGGUGCAACACAAUACCAUCAAAUAUUGACAAAGAUGAAGAAGGCAGCGCAAAACGCGGUCGCGUGAGUACAUUCCCAAGCAAGCUGGGGGAUGAUUUUCGCGGAAACAGCCAAACCCCCACAGUGUCAGCGUACAUCUGACUCGAAGCUUCACACGUGGAUGCCUGAUUGGAUGAAAUGACUUCCUCCAAACAGUUGCGUGAGACACCUUGAGGGCUGAAGGUGAUGUUCAUGAGUACAUCAAGAGGGCGAUGACCGACGACAUCUUGAUUUUGGAAUACUUAUAUUGUUGUGAGCCUCCAAAACGCUGGUUUCUUGAAGAGAAAGCUUUGACUUCGGACUCCCCGUUCUCAAAAGUUAAUCCCAGUAAGAAGAAGCCACGAACGUCACCGCACCGCACUCUCAAGGUCCUCAAAAGCGCAUAUCAACAGAGCCAGAGGCCGAAGCCUCUAGACGCUCAGUCAAGAAUGGUCAAUAGCACCUAAGUAUUUUAUUCUAUCUUUUCCCCAAGAUUGUUUCGCUAUGCGUUCAACCGCAAUACUAUUAGCAGCCUAUCUGCUUAAAUUUUCCCAUGGCACACCCAUCGGCGAUGCCCAACCCGUCCUGCAGGUGCCAUUGGAUGAGCAUCCACAGGCACAGAAACAGGAACAGGUACAAGCCUCACGACGAUUGCAUGGAAGGUUCCUGCAUGUCACAGACCUGCACCCCGACCCUCACUACAAAAUCCAUUCGUCGACGGAGGAGGACGAUGCGUGUCACAGAGGCAGGGGCCUGGCGGGCACAUAUGGUGCAGAAACCUCAGAUUGCGAUACGCCAUACGCCCUGAUAAACGCGACAUUCAAAUGGAUCGACGAAAACCUCAAAGAUAGCAUCGAUUUCGUUAUAUGGACCGGCGACUCUGCACGGCACGACAGCGACGAAAAGAUUCCUCGAAACGCGAACGAAGUUCUCGAUACGAACAGAUGGGUUGCAGAAAAGUUCUUGGAAGUCUUCAGUACCGACGGCAAUCCCAAGAAGGAUCUCGCCAUUCCGAUCGUCUCUACAUUUGGAAACAAUGAUAUCCUUCCUCAUAACAUCCUGCUUUCGGGGCCGAAUAAGUGGCUGAAGGCAUAUACCGAUAUCUGGAGCAAGUUCAUCCCGGAGGAGCAGAGGCAUGGCUUUGAGAGAGGAGGAUGGUACUUCGUUGAGGUUAUCCCGAGGAAAUUGGCUGUGUUCAGUCUCAACACGCUCUACUUCUUCGACCACAAUGCUGCUGUUGAUGGUUGCGCCCUCCGAUCCGAGCCGGGUUACGAACACUUCGAAUGGCUUCGAAUCCAGCUUCAGUUCAUACGAGAUCGUGGUAUGAAGGCAAUUCUGAUCGGCCAUGUCCCGCCCGCGAGGACGGACAGUAAGCAGCUCUGGGACGAGACGUGCUGGCAGAAAUACACACUUUGGCUGGACCAAUACCGGGAUGUCAUUGUCGGAGGGCUCUACGGGCAUAUGAACAUUGACCAUUUCAUGUUGCAGGACAAGAAGCAUAUCGAUUUGGUUGUGGCUGGUGGAGAUGCAUCUGACAGCGCGUCCAUUCGUACAUUGAUGGACGAGGAGCUUUCAAUCGAGUCUGCAAAUGACUAUCUCGAAGAACUUCGCGCAGAUUGGUCAGGGUUACCAAAUCCAAAUGUUAUAUUCAGUGAUGAUGAAACCAUUGACGAUCUCAAGAAGAAGCAUAAGGAUAAGAAAGGUAAGAAAGACAAGCCAAGCAAGAAAGACCGGGCUCUGAAGAAGAUUGGAGGGCCGUGGGGAGAACGUUUCCAGGUCACUCAUGUCAGCCCGAGCAUUGUUCCCAAUUUCUUUCCGACGCUGCGGGUCAUGGAGUACAACAUUAGUGGACUAGACCUCUCAGCGACUUGGGCCAGCGCUCAAGCCUCGGAUCAGCAACAAGAGAUGGACUGGCUUGAGGAGGUGAUCGAUCCAAAAAUUGAGGAUGCAGAGGACGAAUUUGUAGACGAUGAGGAUGGCAAUGACGAAGAAUCUAUCGCCAAAAAGAAGAAGAAGCACAAGAAGCCGAAGAAGCCAAAGAAUCCGGAUCUCAUCGUUCCAUCUCCGCCUGCGAAGAGCUCGCCACCUGGACCCGCUUACUCUCCUCAAUCUUUGACACUACUGGGUUACACUCAGUACUUUGCCAAUCUGACCUAUAUCAAUCAUGAUACCCACAUCGGCGAUGAGGGAGCAGAUGCUGACAAAUGGCACGAGGGAAAGCACAAGGGGAAGCAUCCAAAAGACAAGAUUCCGCAUCCUAAGCCUUUCCGAUUUCAAGUCGAAUACGACACUUUCACCGAUCCAAUAUACAAAUUGACAGACUUGACAGUGCGAAGCUAUAUCAAGCUUGCUCAUAGGAUAGGCCAGUACAAGCCCCGGAAAGGCGACAGCAUCGAUGAAUCCUUUGACGAGCAGGAAUUAGACGAGAGCGAUGAGGACGAUGAGAUCCUCGAUGAUGAGGCUGAUGACAACUAUGAUGAUGACAAUAAUGACGACGAGGAUCAUGAGAUGGAAGCGGAGGGAAAGAAGCACAAGAAACAUAAGAAGAAAAAGCAUCACCGUCAACACGAGAAGAAUAAAGUCUGGCUACGGUUCGUUAGACGUGCGUUCGUUGGAACCUUGGAAGAAGAAGACCUAAAGUCAUUCGAUGGGGACUCAGAGUUCAAUCUUGGCGACGAGAUUCCAGAUUUCAUCCACGAUGGAGAGUUGUGAUUAUAGGCGGCAUUCUUCGGAGUUCGGGUUGGAUGUACCGAAUGCAUUAUCGGCGUAUGGGAAAGCAUGGGCGUGGCGUAGUAUGACAUGGUAUGAUACCUUUUGUUCUUAUUGUAUGGAGUAGGAACCUCCCUUGUGAGCAUUAGAAGUAUUAAAUGCAAGCCUGGCAGACUCUGCAUUGCGAAUACUUUCUCUUGACUUCCAUCGUUCAUUUUCUCGUCUAUAACUUGUAAAGACGCUAUGGGCAGGUGCGUUGAGGCCUGAGUUAUAAAGCCUAUGCAAUGUAAUGCAUAUUCCCGUGGCUUUGCAUGGAAUGAUCCGAGCAUUUGAGCUCCCAAGAGCUCUCGAGAGAUCUGGUUCUCUCUUAAACUGCACAGAACAGACAUGCGAAGAACUUGAAAUAUCCUCUAGAAGAGCGUUGCACAAUGAAAUAGCCCUCUCAACGGGUAGUUCUGAUUCUGCCACCUUUUGGUACUACGGCAAAGGCUUGAGAGAUCACCACUUCAGAGGCUGUUUGUCUUUGGUUGUUGUAUAUGCUCGCUUUAUGCUUAAUCCAAUUUCUCCUCCUGUCAUAUACGUUAUCUUCAGCAAUUGUAAACAUCUUUCGAAACUCUUAGGUGAAUGCCUAAGGUGGACCAAAAAGUCACUUUCUUGUUUGUUUUGGUUGAGGCGUUUCGGUUAAUUCGAAGCGACCCUUUUGCCGAAUAAGUCUUGAGCAACAAAGCUGGAGACGGAGCAUCAACCGAAGUGUGCAGUUUUUGAACAUAGUCACGAGUUUUCGUUGGUCUAAAUGAUCUUUAGAUGCUUGUCGCAAGGUAUUUAGGCUUGUCUUGAGGCGCAAAGUUCCUUGAGAUCAAGGUCGACAUUGAAACAAGGGUUUCUGGAUCAAAUAUCUUUCACUUAUUAAUCUCCUUUGUAAACAUAUAAUUCCAAUACUAGAUUAUCACUAUUUAGAGCUUAGAUAGGUUACUCUUGUUGCUUUUUGUUUCCUCUAAGCCCGAUAUUCGUUAGAUUUCUCAGGUUCCUCAACUAGCGUUGACGGCUCGGGUUUGUGUUGUUUGGAUCUUCAAGCAACGAAUUAGAAACAUCUGGCUCAGGAUCAUUCCAAGCUUUCAAAGAGCAUUCAGCUCAACUUCAAAGUUGUCGCCCAUGGUAUUGAAAGGAGUCGGAAAAUAUGCUUGUUGCUGAGGGACUUUUCUUGGACAUCUAAACUUGCUGGAGUCAUUCGAAGAAUAUCCUUUCAAGCACUGAAAUGAUUUGAGAACUUUCAGCCUAUGAAGAUGUUGGAUGUCUUUAAUCCAACUGGCAGUGUUUAAAUACACUGAUGGGACAAAUGUAG